CGGGGCCGGGGCCCGGCGAAGGAGGCGGGGGGCUGCGUGGGGCUUGGCCGUGGGUCUGAGACCUCGGGGGAGGGGGAGAGUGAGCCCCUGCCCCUGGGGGAGGGGAUUUCGCAGCCUCAAGCCUAAGUGGGGCAGCACCGUAGAGACUAACCCGUGCAGAGCAGCUGGCCUGCAGUACGAAGGCUGGGGGAACCUGGAGGGGGUGCUGGCAGGGCUGAGGGGGACAACAGCAGAGAGACCAGGAGGAUGUGGGGUGCGGGCAGCUGGCUGAGGUGAGGGAGGAGAAACCCUGGGCUCGGGGUUGCCCCAGGAUCCGUGGCCGUGAGAGCGCCAUGCUGUGAGCCCCCCUCAGGGCACAGUUCCCUGCACCUGCUUUGUGAGGGGAAGUACGAGAGAUGCCGAGACGGCUCUGGGCCACCGGGGUCGCCCUCGGUUCUUUGCAGCAGCAGAGCUGCUCUUGUAUGUUGUCUGUAGGCAAGAAAGCUCGGCGCUGGCGUGCUCCAAGGGGGCCUCGAGGCUAGAAGAAGUUGGGGACCGUGUGGCCGAACAGAGGCGCGCUGUGCGUCUGGGGUGGCUCGUCUGUGCUGUGCACGCAGACCCUUGUCAGUCCCCCUCUCCCAGGGGAGGCUUCCAGUGAAAACUGCUUUGUGGUUGCCCUUGUGUGACAGCCCGGCGCUGUGUUAGCGUGUUGCUCAGGACCUGAUUGCGAUUCGCCUUCAGGGAAAGCUUGUGUGGGCAAAUGGCUUUGCUGUUCUUCCAGGUGUCGUGUUGUAGGGAAGGGUCUCAGCCAUUUUCUGGUCUGUGGUUACCUGGGUGUUAGACUGAGCACCCUGUAUUAUGUUCAGAUCAUGAGCCAACUAUUGUGGUAUUUAUUGCAACGGCCCUUGUUUAGAAAAUGUUGUCGUUGACAGUUCACCGGGCAUUGCCCAACUGAAGACUGACUUGUGGGGUUGCCUGUGAAAAGAGUUUUUAACACAGAGAGAAACCUGGGAAUGCAGCUUGUUUUGCCACUAGGGCUCAGGAGCCAAAGGUCGCUGCCUGUGCCUGUUUAUGACCCCUUCCCUCGUUUAGUGGGAGGAUCCAGUAAAUCAUAUUCAUGUGGUUGUGGCGAUCUGUUGUGGGAUUUGGAGAUUCAGUACUAGGACUUUGCUACUGGGUAAAAGCCAUCUGCUGUGGGGUGUUCACGUGGCCAGCAUAUAUCAGGAGAGAUGAAUGGGUCUCCAGCAAAAGGGUAAAUGAAGCAGACACGUGAGCCUAAUGCCUGAUCACAUGGAUGCCAGCCUCACCCCAGAGGAGCGGGUGCGGGGUCUUACGCAGAUGGGGAGCUCUGUGGAGGUGAACGAGGAUGUCCCACCGCGCCGAUACUACCGCUCCGGUGUGGAAAUCCUCCGCAUGGCGACGAUUUACGCAGAGGAGGGCAACAUCGAGCACGCCUUCAUCCUGUACAACAAGUACAUCACGCUGUUUAUCGAGAAGCUGCCAAAACACCGGGAGUACAGGACGGCUGUCAUCCCUGAAAAGAAGGACACGGUGAAGAAACUCAAAGAGGUCGCGUUUCCCCGAGCUGAAGAACUCAAGAAGGAGCUGUUGACGAGAUACAAUAAAGAGUAUGCGGAAUACAGUGAGAGGAAGAAGAAGGAGGAGGAGGACUUUGCACGGAACCUUGCCUUGCAGCAGCAGCUGGAAGAGGAGAGGCAGCGAGUGGCCCAGAUGAAGCAGCAACAGGCAGAGCAGGAGCAGUUCCAUGCCUUUGAGGAGAUGAUCCGACGGAAGGAGCUGGAGAAGGAGCGACUGAAAAUCGUGCAGGAAUUCGGGAAGGCUGAACCCAGCCCAGAGGAUGGACCCCUGAUCCCUGGUGUGGAAAAGCCUCCUACUGACGUAACCCCAAAGACUGGCAUCCUUCCCGUUCCUCCUUCAAACCAAGGCACUUUGCCCAAGCCUCCUGCUGUGGACAGAUCGUUGAAGCCUGGAGCUUUGGGGACCCUGCAGAACAAUGUGGCUAUCGAUGGCCUUCGCCAUGUCACCAUUCCCAAGGAGCUGUGCCACAAAUUCCUCCAGCUUGCCGACGCCAACACAGCCAAGGGUGUGGAGACAUGUGGGAUCCUCUGUGGGAAGCUGAUGAUGAAUGAGUUCACAAUCACACACGUCAUCAUACCCAAGCAGUACGGAGGCCCUGACUACUGCAACACGGAGAAUGAGGAGGAGCUCUUCCUCAUCCAGGAUCAGCACAGUCUCGUCACACUGGGCUGGAUCCAUACUCACCCUACCCAGACAGCGUUCCUGUCCAGCGUGGAUCUGCACACACACUGCUCCUAUCAGAUGAUGCUGCCUGAGUCUAUAGCGAUUGUGUGUUCACCAAAAUACCAAGAAACGGGGUUCUUCAAGCUGACAGACCAUGGCAUGGAGGAGAUCUCAUCUUGCAGGCAGAAGGGGUUCCACCCACACUCCAAAGAUCCUCCGCUCUUCACGACCUGCAGUCACAUCACAGUGAUGGAGAGGGACGUGGCGGUGAUGGAUCUACGAUAGCCCUCUUGCCUUAACUUGUCGGUUUACUGGAAAGCAGCUACCUUCCUCUUCAUCCUAGGGGAUCACACCUCCCAUAGCCAUUGGUAUCCCAGUAGUCACAGUGAAAUCGUUAAUCUGACUCUUCUGGGUGCUUCUGAGAACUUGGCGUCCUGCACUGUGUCUUGCCAAGGGGCUCAAGACGUGAGGAAAUAUUAACCUGGGAUUGCUUAAAAACAAAAACUAACACUAAAUGGAUUUAACUUUAAUACUUGGCUGUUCAGCAAAUGCAUCCUGAGGGGUUUCAUGCAAGGAUCUGUCCUCCAGAGGCUCCAGAACUGGGACUGAGGAGCCUUCGAGAGGGAAGCACUUUCCAAAUGAGGCGCACUGAAAAUUAAUAUUAUCUCCUGGUUUUUUGCUUUUUGUUGCUUCUGUUACUUGUUGGCAAAGCUUUGGGCCUUUCCCUUCACUUUAGAUCAAACCCACAGUGUCCUUCUCUUGGCCUGUUUUUUUCACUUCCGCCAAGGUCCUGUUAACACCAGGAGUCUCAGGGUCUCUGUCUCCAAGGUGCCCUGUAUGCAGUGUGUGGAGUGAAAAGGUCCUUGUGUCUAAUUCUCACUUAAGCUUUCUCUAACCUAGUGCUUCAUUGAUUUGAUUUGGGAAGAGGAAACGGUCCCAACAGCUUGAUAGGAAUGUGACACCCUGAGAUAACCAAGUGGUGUUGGUACAAUGGAUUGAGGAACCUGGCUUCGAUUGCUAUUUGCUGCGACAAAUAGGGGCAAAAUGGCUUCAUGGUGCUGAAUGAUAGAUGGAGAUGAAUGCGAUGUUAUUUUAUUACUGUAUCUGCUCUAUCAAUUAUGGCCAUGUGAAGGGGAAGACAGCGACAUUGGGUUCUUCUUUGCUUCUCAAGUUUCUGUGUCUUGAGUUGUGCUUUUGAUUCUAUAGAAGGUUUGUCAAAGAAUUCGCAUCUUUUUCCCAAAACACUUGGUAACAUCUGGCAGCGGUACGGCUGAGAGGGCACUGGCAUAAUUCUAACAGUGGCCUCCCUCAGUAAUGGUAUUUCCCCACUGUGGGAACAUAAUGUAAUUUAGCAGGGUCUGAUGGACUAGGCACUGUACUGGGAGUCAGGAGGCUUUGUAUAGUGACUUGCCUUUUUCUCUCAUCCAUAGGUUAAGGAUGAUGGGACUGUAAAGUGUCUUCAGAGCUGCAAGGAGUUAUGAAUACAAAGCUUUACUAGCAGCAGUGCAGCUCUCCAGCAGUUAUAGGAGAGCAUCCCAAGCUGGUCUGGCCAGAUAAAUGGUGUUGGAGCCAUGCCAGAAUCAGUUGUUCUCAGCUGGGGCCAGUUGCAAAGUUCAAAUCUGUCAGGAGUGGGCAGGACACAAUCUUAGGGUGGGGGAAAUGGCAGAGGUGGGAUUCAGACCUCAGCCCUGGGGUGUCUGGGCCACACUUGCAUGCAGCUCCUGUCUGCUGGAGUCCAAGUUCAUAAGCUCUCCUCUUGCCUUUUGCCUUCUUCUGAGGACAGUCUCCCACUUAAGUAUUUGUUAUGCCUUGAAGUGUCAUCCCCGAGCCCCCCUUGUUGCUGCCCUGACAUUUCCUCUGAUUUUUCACUUGCCAAAAUUCACCAUCCCCAUAAACCCCAAAGGUUGUUUGAAAAAGGCCUGUUUUGCCGGGUGAACGAGUGAUGCAUCAUCCAUGUUGGUCAUGUCCGAUCCCAAUCGUAUUUCCUUCCCCUUCCUUCCCCCCUGCAGUCUUUGCUGCUGUCUAUGUCAAGCAUCCAUCAGUCUUGAAGGAAGCCAGGGAAAAGCAGGUAUCUGUGUGCACUCCCCCUUUGUAACUCGCAUUACCUUGAAACUCUGAUAUUAAAUGGGUAAUGAAUAUGAAAUGUUAGCAAGCCUGACUUGUGGCUCAGAGCAGUGGCUUUUGCCCUUGAGCAAGCAAAAUUUCUGUAAAGGGCUUGGCCUCCUGCAUUUGGUGUUUUGUUCAUGUAUCAACACAUACCCACGUGGUGGGGUGGAAGGUCAUGUGGAAUAGGUGUGUAACAUGCCCCUACCCAAAUGGAUUGCUGCUUAAUGUUUGGUGGACAGACUCCUUGCUGUACAGUUUAAUACAGAUCAGUUAUAUUAUCUUGCCUUU